UUCAGCAGCUGACUCAACCUAAUAAGAUAACAGCUCACUGCCUAGUCAUUUGAAAUAAUGAAAAAAAAAAAAAGAUUGUUAAGGAUAAGUUGGUGAAAGCAUCAUACACUUUAUGGUUCCGGUACUUUCUAAUUGGCUAAACAUGUCAUCAUGUUGCAUUUCAUUUAUGAAUUGUGGGGCGGAGACUAACGGCCCUUGGCACUGUGAUUCCAUUCUCCUCGUUGGGAAACUAAACUUUGGGUCUCGUUUUAGUGCAAUUCAACUCCAUACAUGUCUCCUAGCAUGGCUCUGCAUUGACUCUUCCUCUGGCAUCAUGUGGAGGAUGUAUUUAGAAUAAGGAAUAUUGGAAAUCUGUGACAAGAGGAAAGAACAUCCAUACAACUUUGAAACAUGACACCCACAACCACAAUCAGGACUUUUUGUUAAAUGUGCCAAAUUUACGCAUCGGUUUAAUUCCUGGAGAAAUAUUAUAAUUACGCUUUCAGCAAGAUAAUGGUUCCUUUCUGACUUUAAAAAAAAUGGAUUAGACCCCUUGUGAAAGAAAGGAGAAGUCACAGCCUUUCUCGACGGGGAGGAGGAUUACAGGAAGGUCUUUGAGCCACAAGUUAUCACACACCUUUCAGCCUCCGGGUGCGCUUCAGUCUUAGCUGUGCGCGCCGGGCAUUUCAGGAAAUGGAGAGCAAAAUAAACGGAAAGAUGGACACCAUCAGUACUUCUAUCGCCGAUACUACUGAUACAGGAGUAAGCGGCUUGAUGGAAGCUGGCUACAGUAAGUCUAAUACUAAAUUAUCUGCGUCCUCCUCUGUGCGUAAUUUUGGAAACGCUGGCACAAUGAUCCACGGACUAAAUCCAAGCAGCGACUGCGUCGUUUUCAAAGACUUCACCGGUCUUGAUACCUCGCUUCCUCCAAAAUAUUUUUAUGACCGUGGCAGUGAUUUUUUUAAGAGUGACGGCGUCCAGUGGGAAGAUUUAGUCAAAGUUCAGAGGACGGCCGUGGCCACAUCUGAGAGUUUGCCAGGCGCAAGUCUGAGCCUCUCUUCAACAAGCGGAGCGUGUAAAUUCAUCAAGGAUGAAAAGGAAGCUUCAGUGAUUAUGGAUACCCCCUGUCCAAACUUUGAUCCUUCGCCUGAGAUUUCUGCUCUCGACACCUGUGGCACUGACCGGAAGCAACAAUUGGGCCUGAGCGAAGUUGAAUCCACAAGCUUUACGCCGGCGACAGGGGUUCCCAGAUCAGGGUUGGAGGGCUCUUCAAACUUUUUUAUCGACCUAAAUCAGUCAGACCAGUUAGGCAACCCGAUUAGGACCGACUCCAGAUGCGCUCUGCCUGGGAAGACGGUCAACAACUUUGACGGCAGCGCGCAGACAUCAGGACAGGUGGCAAUGUACAGGAGUGAAGUUGCUCGUUGGCAGACGCAGACGUCUCCAGCUGAGCCUCAGUACUGGUGCCAGUCUGUAGCAGUUGCCGGUGACCCGUUUGCACCCAGCAGCUAUGAUGUUAUCCAGAACCAGGGUCUGUCUCAGAGGAACCCAUCGCCUUUCUCUGCAUUCCCCGGCAUGCCCCCUCAAAGACUGUGUGUGAUCUGUGGAGAUGAGGCUUCUGGUUGCCACUACAGCGUCUUGACCUGCGGGAGCUGUAAAGUGUUUUUUAAAAGAGCAGUUGAAGGCCAUCACAGCUAUCUCUGUGCGGGCCGGAAUGACUGCAUUGUGGACAAAAUUCGGAGGAAAAAUUGCCCGGCGUGCCGCCUCCGAAAGUGCUACCAAGCAGGAAUGAUGCUCGGAGGCAGGAAGCUGAAGCGUUUUGGGGCCUUAAAAGCCUUGGGUUUGGCCCCGGCCCUCAUGUUCCAGUCCCAUUUGGCCAUGUCCAAUGACAAUCAGGCCUUGACCUCCAUGGCUUGCCUACCAGGCAUCCAUGAGUUUCAACUCUCCCAGCAAAUCAUCAGCGUGCUGGAAAACAUUGAACCAGAAAUCGUGUACUCUGGCUACGACAACUCUCAGCCCGAUGUUCCCCAUCUUCUGCUCAACAGUCUCAACCGGCUGUGUGAGAAACAGCUGCUCUGGAUCGUCAAAUGGUCCAAGUCCCUGCCAGGGUUUCGUAAUCUUCACAUCACUGAUCAGAUGACCCUCAUCCAGUACUCGUGGAUGAACCUCAUGGUGUUCUCCCUCGGCUGGCGCUCCUUUCAGAAUGUCACCAGUGAAUAUUUAUACUUUGCGCCCGAUCUGGUUCUCAGUCAGGAACAAAUGAGGAGAUCUCCGAUUUAUGACCUCUGCCUGGCCAUACAGUUUAUUCCUCAGGAGUUUGCAAAUCUUCAAGUUACCCGCGAGGAGUUUCUCUGCAUGAAAGCCAUAAUAUUACUCAACACAGUGCCUCUUGAAGGACUCAAAAGUCAGGCAGCCUUUGACGAAAUGAGACAAAACUACAUCCGUGAGCUGAGCAAGGCGAUCCAGAUGAGGGAGAAGGGUGUGGUGGCCAGCUCCCAGCGCUUCUACCACCUCACCAAACUGAUGGACACCAUGCAUGAUAUAGUGAAGAAGGUCAACCUGUUCUGUCUGAGUACCUUCAUCCAGGCAGACACCAUGAAAGUGGAGUUCCCAGAGAUGAUGACGGAGGUCAUCGCCUCCCAGCUUCCCAAGGUCCUGGCAGGAAUGGUGAGGCCCCUCUUAUUCCACACCAAGUGACAAGGCCAGCAGACAUCCCAACUCUGUGGAGACAUCUUGUGAAUGGAUUAGUCAUCACAGUCACUGGAUUCUUCAUAGUCUUCAUUAAUGUAAUCUGGCAUUUGUACUUUGCCAAAAAGCCCUGCUAUUUCCUUGAGGUGACACAAAAUGAAUGUUUCCUCAGACUGUUUUUAAUAGAUAAAUAUCUUAAAAAUGAAAAAUGCAGAGGCAUUAGAUAUUGAAGCUCCUCCGUGUAAUUCUGGUUUAUCCACCAUUUUCUGUCCUAUAACUUGUGUACAGUAGGUUAAGGAAACCAUUAGCGAUGCUGAUAUUUUUGUACUGAAGCUGCACAAAAGAAAAAAAAACUACCUACAAUGAACCGAACUAAAAUUACUUUCUUAGUAAAGCACCGAUGCAGAAUAUCACGCAACAUGCCACAUAAAUUCAUGGAAAACUGUACAUAUCAGGAGACAAAGCUUAAAAUAUCUCUCUAAAAAAACUUUACAGUAAGUGUAAGUGAAUUAGAAACAACUUGGCAUCUGCAUCAAGGCAGUAAAUUACCCCAACGUGGUACUUUCUUUUAAUGUGCAUCAAAUUAUACACAGUGACAGAUGUUAAUGGAUGUGUGUGACAGCUUUACUUCAAGUCAGUGCAGUAAUUCAUGAAAAAAAAAAAGCAAAAGUGAAAAUUGAUUUGACAAGCUUACAAAAUCCCCUUGCAGUGAUUCAACAACUGAUCCCACCCUCCUUAUCCCAAGAUUUAACUUUACACCAGAUCACAUUUAAGUCACUAAGUUUUUGAGUAGCAAAUGGGACUGGAGAUGUAAUAUAUUGCUGCCUUGACAGAAUAAAAAGUAUACAAUAAAAAGCAAAAAUUUAUCUAGCUAUGGAUCUGCAGGGCCCUAUUUUAUCAAUCAUUCCCUGUAACAAAGAAGUAGAGACAGGUUUAAUAAAUCACACUGUUUAUUUAUAGACAUGUUUACGCACUGUCAAGAUACAGCAGGUGAUUGCAAGGGAACAAACUUCCCAUAUAUAAAUGGAUGUUACAUAUUCAGGAUAUGAAUAUCAUUUCCGUGAUAUGCCCCAGAAAACUCAGACUGUAAGGGAGUGUUCGUCCAGCGUUUCUGUUCAAGGUCACAUCACAUUCUUCGAGAUGUAAAUGGAAAAGAACACCCUGAUCUUGGCAUGAGAGAGGCUCUCAGAAACCCUCCCAAAUACAUUUUGGACAAUUACAAGCAAGUUUGACUUUUGAGUAAUCUUACAAUUUGUAAUCACUCAAGGGCGAAAUUUUUUUUAAACUAUUAUUUCGUUUCUUUCAUCUUA